AUGACGACGGAUAUUCAAAAUACACAGAAGCGGGAGGUUUCAGAUAAACCUGGACAGUUUGACAAGCAGGAUGCAUUUUUAUUUCCGCAAGACAAAAAAACGUACAGACAUCAAUAUCGGGAGAUAUACGAGGCGAGAGCGAAACAACUAAAGUCAAGAGUGAUGAAGAUGGCAAGUAUGAAGUGGAAGGACGAAACAAUCAACGGGCAGAAGGCGAAAUAUGUGAACAAAUUGUUGGAUGUCAAGAGUAUGGUACCAUCGUACGUGAUUGGAACAGUUUUUAUGGACAUGAAGUAUAAACCAAACAUCUCGCAGGAAGUGACGGGAAACAUUUAUGCGGCACCUGAGCUUAAGGAAGAUUCAGAGUACGAUGAGCUUGAGAGGACAAGAAUCCAUUCGUAUUCGGAUCCAGCAACCGAUCAAGUUAUGCUAGAAGAUGAUUCAGGUCGUCUAUUAUUAGAUGGUGAACUACUAGAUAAAGUCGUGCUAAUGACAGGAGUAGUUGUUGGAGCUUUAGGGAUGAUUGUGGAUGCUGGUGUUUUUACAAUAGUAGAUGUUGUGUAUCCAGAACCAGCAGCACAGAUUCCUCGGUCUAUAGAAGAGACUCCUGAGCAAUUUGUGAUGUAUUUAUCGGGACUUCGAGUGAAUCCAUCUGGCAAACGUGCUCCGCUUGAAAUAUUGAAGGAGUUCAUAAUGGGCGAACUCGUAGACGAGGGGAAUCUGGUAAGCCUUUUAAAAAGAACCACAAAUCUAGUUAUACUAGGUAGCUCGAUGGAAGUAACCGCCAAAUCACAGAAAGAUCUUUCGGAUAAGGACAAGUACAGAGCCAAGAAUAAAUCCAACUUCGACGCACAGUCUCUUGAAAUCCUAGACAAAUGGAUUUCAGAUCUGCUAAUGUCCAUACCAGUGAGUAUAAUGGCUGGAGAAACGGACCCGGCAGAAAUCGAAUACCCUAAAAUGCCAUUUCACAGGAGUCUUUUUCGGUUGUCGUCAGGUAGAAAGAACUUCGAGAGACUCACGAAUCCAUCGUGGUUGCAGAUCAAUGGGGUUCGGAUCUUGGCAACUUCCGGUGAGAAUAUUAACGACAUGUUCAAGUACAUGAUUCCAAAUAUACACGUUGAAAUCGGAAGCGGCAUAGACAGCCCUGUCAGAAGAGAAGUCCUCUACGAUUCGCGGUUGAAGCUUCUUCAAUCCAACAUUUUGUGGCAGAAUAUCGCACCAACAGCUCCAGAUACGUUACCCUGCUAUCCGUUUACUGGGACAGACCCAUUCACUUUGAAUGAGACUCCACAUGUGUAUGCAGUGGGCUGCCAGCCAAAAUUUGAGACUACAAAGCUGAAAGUGGCCAGAAAGAACGGAGAGGAUCUAUCAGUGCGAAUAAUUUCGGUUCCUGAUUUUGAGCAGACAGGACAGUGUGUUUUUAUGAACACCAAAACACUAGAGUGCACAUCAGUCAGGGUUGUAUGCCAGUGA